AUCACCAACAUCAACAACCCACCUCCGCCUUGCACCCGCCAUUGCACCUCACACAACACCCACAAUGAAUCUCUCAGCAUUCCGACCGGUCUUCCGGCCCUACAAGCCUGCCCAAAUACUCCAAGCGACAAACAUCUGGCAAAGAACCGCACAAUGGACAUGUCCGCAGCAGCAGAAGUCGCAACGAGCAGCCUUCUCAUCAACACCGAAUAUGCAGAAGAGGAGUAAAAAGGGACCUGGAAAUGAUCCCAGGAUAACAAACAUCCGCUACCACCUCUCCCACCCCCUAACCCCGCGCCCACUCCACUUCUCCCGCAACCGCUCCCUCCGCCACUGGACAAUCCACCGCGCCUGGCUGCUCUUCCUACGCAAACGCCGGUGGGCCGAAGAACGCGAGUUAGAACGACAAUACAUGGCCAUGCGGUCAGCGUGCGAACACCUGCGCCUCAUGGACAACAACGGCAAUCUGGUUAAAGAGGAGGAGGCUGGUGGGCGGGGCGCUGAUCCGAGCAGACUGGGUACGAAGGGCAGGGAGGUGGGGAGGUUGUAUAGGAGUGCGAUGCUCAAGAGGGGGAUCUGGGGGAGUGUGCCGGUGGAGUAUGGGAGGGUGCAGACGGAUUUCCCAGCGAGGGAGGGGUGGAAUCAUGCGUGGACGAGGGAUUAGGCUCGCGAGCGAUAGGGAUGUACCAUAUGUGUAUAGCAAAAAGACGGUCGAUGUCAUUCUUGGCAUCUUUUGUACAUGGUCGCGUCACGUUUCCGGAAGAGGAAGAAGUGUUUGUAUGAUGUCUCGAUUGUGAAUUACUGCCUUCUAGUUGCCAGACUUGCCAAUCAUUCCUCAAGAAUAUACAACUAAUUGCCAAAGUAGCCGAAUGAGUGGACGAUGAAGGCGCUUUCUCGUCAAUCAUUAAGCCAAC